AUGUCCAGCACGACGGCACCACCACCACCGGUAACGGUGAAGCAGGAGCGGCACGAUGAUGCCGAAAUCAACGAGAUGGCAGCCAAAAUCAUCGAGGUACACAAGCAGCAGUCGGCGAAGGCGGCGGCCGCCACCAUCCAGCAGCAGCAGCAGCAGCAGCAGACGGUGAGGCCCGGUGGCUUGGUGGCCGGUUCCGGGCAGCUCGCGGUCACCGGCAAUGGAAUGGCGUCCUCCGGUGGUCAGGCCAACAUACUAAACUAUCUGACCCGGAAACCGACAAACACGGCCACCCCUGCCACCAACAGUUCCACGUCCGGCACGAGCAGUGGCCGAACGGCGGCGAAUGGAAACGCCAAAGGGGCGGCGGAUGGUGGGGCAUCCUCGUCGGAGCAGCAGAAUGGCGAGCGAAAGCUGGGCGACGAGGCCACGCUGAAGGGCCACUUUGGGUGGGAAACGUUCCCGGGCAAGGUGUACAUUCCGUACAUCUUUCGCCAGGAGGAGCGCUACUGUGCGGUGCGCAUGGUGGAGAUGAAGCUGCUGAACAAGUAUCUCAACUACCUGCACCAGGACAUCUACACGUGCACCUGCGUCCGGUCGUACUACAUCACCGAGGCGGAGAGCAAGCUGUUUAACGAGAUCAACACCAAGCACUGCGAUCUGCAGUUUGGGCGCGAAAUGUUCACCCUCAAGGACCUGGUCGUCCGGCUGACCGAUGCGCACAAGUUCUACCGCUUCCUGGACGUGUGCUACCAGAAGCUGCUGAUGGGCUGCAGUACGCCGAACGACAAGUGUGGCUUCAUCCGCAUCAACAAGGAGUCGGUGGUGCCGUACACGGUGCGCGACCUCCAGAAGAUGGUGCCCCUGUUCUACUUCGAGGGCGAAACGGACAACCUGAAGCUGAAGGCGGACAAUCUGUCCGGCUGGGACCUGUCGUACCUGAAGUUCUGCUGCAAGGUGCAGGGCAUCCGGAACGAGCUGUUCGCCAGCGACUCGGUGGCGGUCAUCAGUUUGACCGACAUUAAGGGCUACUUUCCGCCCGGCACCGAGUUCGAGGACUACUGGCCGAGCAAGGUCGUGGACUCGCAGCUUCUGUCCGGCCCGAAGGGCAACAACACGGUCCACUGGACGCGCCAGCCGGCUCAGCCACCGCCGAAGGUGCCCGCCAUCAUCAGCACCACGCAGGGGCGCAAGGCCGCCACGAACAACAACAUCUACCAGACGCUCCAGACGCAGCAAAAUCUCGCCAAAAGCAACAACCAAAUGAACAAUAUUACGGCCGCGGUACAGGCGCUCACCAACAACUGGAACAUCGGCAAUCACGCCAAUGUUCUGACCCCACAGCACGAACAGUUACUAAGGCUAAGCCAGGCUCAACAGGCUGCCCAGGCGCAGGCACAGAUACGCAGUAUGCAGAUGCAGCAGUACAAUUCCUAUAUCAACAACGCCAUGUCCAUGACGUCACGCGCGUCCCAAAACCAAGCAGUUCCCCCGCCGCUGGUGCGCUCGCAAGCCGCCCACCUGUCGAAUGGUGGUGUUGGUGCAACCGGAGCCGCAUCCCUGCGCUCGAGCAACGGCAGCAAUCCCUUAUCGUACCUAAAUCCCGCCCUCUCCAUAUUUGCUACCUCCAGCAGUCCCAAUGGCACCGUUAAUCUGUCCCGUCUCAACCGGCAGCAGAUUAGCGAGCUGGCGGUUUCGGGCGGAAAUCGUGACAGCAGCAGCAGCAGCAGCAAUAGCCUUGGCGGAUUGUCACUGGGAAGGAACGUUACCAUAACGCCAAGCAACAGCACUCCCGGGCUCGGUGUUCUCGGAGCGAAUGGUAGCGCCAAGAGUGGCACAUACUAUGGCACUGGAACCGGCGGCAGCACCGGCAGUAUUGGGGGGCCACUCCCGAUCGCCUACCCGAAGAACUAUCCGCCGGUUUCGAUAACGGCCGUUCCGGUCGGUUCUCCAACGCGUGCUUCGCCGAAGGGUGUCCAGGCGCGGCAGCCACCGCCCGCUCUCAUACCCGUGGCCGGUGGAGAGUUGCCGAACGGAGGACCGGGACCGGGUGGAGGAAACCCUUUCGCGCCCAGUGCCGUCGAUCUGGUGGCUUUGCUGCAGACGCUGGGAUCGCAAGACAUUGAGAUUAUCCAGGAACUUCUCCCGUACGCCACCGGUGGUCGUGGCAGCGUUGGCGGUGCCAUUGAGACGGCUCGCGAGAGAACCAGGAGCAACACCAACAGCAACAUCUGCAGUACCCUACCGUCCUAUCGGGAAAGCACAAACACCACCACUGGCUGUGGUUCCUCUGGCACGGGUUCCUCCGUAAUUGUGAAUGACAGUAGUAGACACGGUGGUAGAGUUGACGAGUUUGCUAGGAGCCAGAGUGUCAUCAAGAGUGCCGCGAGCGCCAGGAGUGUCGGCCACAGUUCUGUCGGCGGUGGAGGAAACUACCUCCGUGGGCUAGUUUCUACCGGAUUGCUGGAUGUAAUUGAUCUAUCUUCUACCCCAAGGUCCAGCAUGGCAGGGGCAGCGCUCAGCCAGCAGCAAUCGGUGCAGCAGCAACAGCAGCAACAGCAGCAGCAAGCUCAGCAACAAUCGCAGACAUCGAUGGCCGGUGUUAAGCGGUCCGGAUCGGCUCUUUCGGGCAGCAGUCGGUCCAGCUCUAUUAUCAGUUCCUCGAGUGGCGCGGGAGUCCCGGGCGGAGGCUCUAUCGUCGGAAACGUCGCCAACAACUAUCGUGCAUCGAAUGCCGUUCUGCAGCAGCAGUUGCAGCAGCAGCAGCAACAACAGCAGCAACAACAGCAGCAGCAGCAGCAGCAGCAGCAAGCACAGCAGGCAGCACUCAACGCGGCUGCAGUGGCAGCUGCGGCCGCUGCUGCUACCGGUAACAGUAUGCACGGUAAUCUCAUCAUACUUCCCGAGCUCAACAUGGGCGUAACACCGUACAAGCCGUACGAAGUGGUGAAGAAACCGGUCGAAAACAAAAUCAUCUACUGCGUGAACAAGACGCCUUACCGGCACAACGAGUAUCUGAUGACGAUCUUCGACCUGAAGGACGUGUUCUUUCCCUACGUCAGCCUGGACUUGUGCCGCCGGGCUCUGACGGUGUUGGACGUCACUCUUUUCAUCGGCAACAGCUUGCAGUACCAGGCGCUGCAGGAGGCAGGUCGUACGAAUGUGGAUAAAAUGGCGAUGGUCCAGGUAGCGGACAUUAUGACGUACAUGCCGCAGUUACAGUACAUGGUGCGCAACAACAUCCAGGAUACGCCGGCCAACAAGCGGGCUCGUAUCAGCUAG